CACACCAAUACCAUAUAUUAAUUCUUUCUUACCUUCCAUAUAUAUAGCUGUCUUAUUUAAUUUCUCUGAUCAUCAUGGGUGUGUUCACAUACGAAUCCGAGUUCACCUCAGUCAUCCCACCACCUAAGUUGUUCAAGGCUUUCGUCCUUGACGCCGACAACCUCAUCCCCAAGAUUGCCCCUCAGGCUGUGAAGAGUGCUGAAAUCAUUGAAGGAGAUGGAGGUGUUGGAACCAUCAAGAAGAUCCAUCUUGGUGAAGGAAGUGAAUACAGCUACGUGAAGCAUAAGAUUGAUGGAAUCGACAAAGACAACUUCGUGUACAGCUACAGUAUCAUCGAGGGAGAUGCUAUCGGAGACAAGAUUGAGAAGAUCUCCUAUGAGAUUAAGUUGGUAGCAUCCGGUGGAGGUUCCAUCAUCAAGAGCACCAGUCACUACCACACCAAGGGUGAGGUCGAGAUCAAGGAAGAGCAUGUUAAGGCCGGAAAGGAAAGAGCCGCUGGUCUGUUCAAGAUCAUUGAGAACCACCUCUUGGCCCAUCCUGAGGAAUACAACUAAAUCUGUUGAUCUCUGUGAUAAGAGGCAACAAGCCAACAAGCCAACAACUAAAAUGGUGUCAAUCUGCUCGAUCAUCGUAUCUCUUUGUUUAUCGGUGUGCCUUUCAUUUUCCCCCUUUUUUUGUACCAAACCAAAGCAUGGACUUUGGGGGUACAACAAUGCUGUAUUUGAUUCCACUCUAAAUAAAUGAAGCAGAAAAGAUUUAGUAA